AUGACUGUUUUGAGCGCGCAGAAGAGGCCCUGCUUGGAGCCUGCCAUUCCAAACCAUCUCAAAGUCAAUCGCACCCAACCGCUCCAUCAUCCUCGUUGCUUCAGAGGCCCCCAACAAGCGUCUCAUUCCGCACGCUUCCCGAAAGAGACUUCAGCUAUCGUCACAAUCGACCUCGGAAUCCAAUAUCUUCCCCCAAUCAACCCAGCAGACGCGAUCGACACAAUUCACCGGGCCAUUCAUACCAAAUCAGGUCCUCAUCACCACGUACGAUCGAGUUUCAAAGACUCCAGUGGAUAUCGCAACAUAGUCUUCACUCUGUACUGGAAAGAUAUCGCGAGCUAUAAAGAAUGGGAAGCUCCAUUGCCUCAAGAUUGGUGGUACGCAGAGCUAUGUCCUGCUUCCAACAUCGGAGCAUUCAGAGAGUUGUAUACAGUCCCUGUUACUGAUACAGAGACUACGUUUGCUUUGCCGUUUCCAGAGGGCUAUUCAGUUAUCACAGAGUCAAUGAGUGGCGAGACUGAUACUCAUGAGUAUUGGGGAUCGGCUCGAGACCGCAUUCCGAGAUCACAGACUGAUACUCUUGAACCAGUCGGCUGGCCAUCACUCAAAGACGACGACUCCUCGUCAGACUCUCAUGGGAAACUCAUCUCUGUUGAGCCCCACGAAAAUCUUUGCCUUAUCCGCUCCGGCCAAGUCUGGGAGAACAGCACACCAGCAGAGAUCAAAUCAUACAACACAGAGAUCAAGCCAACUCUUGACAGCGGAAUGGAGGAGCUUACAAAGAACAGUCACAACUUCGGAUGCUUCUCCAAUAGAUAUCUGCGGGUGGAAGACGAUAAUGGGAAUCCAAUCGGCAAGACAUGGAGCAUCAGUAUGUGGGAGUCACUAGAGCGGCUGGAGAAGUGGUCUCUCACGCCUAAGCACAAGGAGAUCUUUGGUACACAGAUCAAUCACUUCAAUCGGAUGGAGAGGGAGGGCGAGGAAGCUAACUUGAAUCUUUGGCAUGAACUUAUGGUGUUGCGCAAGGCUGAUCAAUCUUUUAUGUACUUUAACUGCCAUAGUAGAACUGGCAUAUUGCCAGCCGCUUUCAACUAG